CCUCGCGUAUCGAUUUGCCGAAAAGUUUGACACCAUCGCGAGCAGCAUGGCCAAUAGCUAGCGCACGAUUGUCAUCCGCACCCAUCCAUCAGCUGAGCCCGAUUAAUGCGCCAUGCCACGACAUCUCCACCGGAUACCGCAUUAGUCUAACCAUGCCUCGCCCACGCAGAUCCAAUCGCGCCUCCGGUGCCAGGACGAAAUACAUCCAUGAUCCCUUCGAGGCGGCCGGAUUUCUUAGCGAUGAAGAGGAGACAUCAGCCGCAGCCCCGCAGCCCAAAAAGGGCAAGGGAGAGGCCAAGCAAGUCGCCGCGGACGACUCGGACGAUGAUUUCAACAUGGACGACGCCAAUGAAGACGACGACGAUGACGACUACAAUGAUAAUGAUGUGGAAAUGGCCAUCGAGAACGAGGAUGAGGAUGAGGAAGAAGCAGACUAUGACGAUGCUUCAGUGCUAGAAGUCGACGAGGGUCGUCGGCGCAAACAGCCCGCUACUACCGCUACGCCAAAGCCGAUCAAGAAACGAAAACCGGAUGGGAGUCUGGCGGUGCCGGGCGAGGAAACGCACUCGCGAGGGUCGUGGAAUCCCCUCGAACAUGUCGGGAAAGGGGUCCAUUUGCGCGUGACGUUUGGGACGGAUGAGAGGGAUAUCCUGUCGAUUAUAAGUGCGAGGGAUCGGUGGUAUCGGGGCGGUGAUUCGACCUUUCCGACUCGGUCGUCGUUGGAUAAGUCGCAUGAGAUGCCGGAUUACGGCUAUGGGAAGUCGUUUGGCUUGGAUCCCGAGGAUGUGAAACGGGAGAGUUCCCGUGGCUGGGACUGGUACUAUGCAGAGGAUGUGGGCCAGCGGUUCAGGAAGAGGCAGCGGGUUGAGAAAAUUGAUGAGCGUAAGGCUCGUCCGACUUACUUUCCUAGGCCUAGAGGGGACCAUACCAUCCUCAUUGGACCGGUGGACGACCAGAAGGUGUUUUCCCUGGCCCAGCAUGAUGUGCUCGAUUUCGGCGAGGCAUGGGAAGAGGAUGCGUCUAAACCUCUGAAACAGGAGAAGCAGGAUGGGAAGCGGGCGGGUACGAAAUCGGAGGGCAGGAAGAAGCGAAAACGAGAGGGUUGGGUGCUUAACAUAGGGAGCAAAGUCCAGUGCAUGGCGUGGGUUCCGAAUCAGACUGGCCUCACGCAGUACCUGUCGGUCGUGGCUCCGAUACUACCGGACCAGAAAGAACAGUAUCCAGAUCCGUACAAGGACCAAGGAGCCCCUGCAUUCAGACCAUCUGCGCCUUAUCCCUCGGCCCUGCAGAUUUGGGCAUUCAAGGCCGAAAGGGCCGAGUCUCUGACCCAGACGAUCGAUAUGACCUUCACGCCGCGACUACGCCUCGCUCUAUGUACCGACUGGGGUGAUCUGAGACGAAUAGCCUGGUGCCCGAUGCCCCGAGACCCGCGGGAGGAAGACGACUACGACGCGCAAAAGAACAUCGGCCUGUUAGCAGGUAUCUGGUCCGAUGGCUGGGUGCGGGUCGUCGACGUCAAGCUGGGUCGUGAUCCAAACCAGACCGAAUUCUACAAACUGCACUCCCCCGUCUUCGAAGCAAAGCCGCCCUCGACCGUAUGCACAUCCGUGACAUGGCUCUCUCCAAGCGACAUCGCUGUUGGCUGCGCCAACGGAUUCGUCGCCAUCUGGAGCAUCGUCCCGUCGAAAUCCUCGCCCGCACAGCCCACCCCCUACUUCUACCACCAACUACACUCCACCUGGAUCCUCAACCUCGCCUCCGCCUACCCAACCCACCCUUACAUCAUCAGCACCACGUCCAUGGACGGCGAAACCCGACUGACCUCCAUCAUCGACCACCAAAAAGACACCGUCAGCGCCAACCGCAUGCGCGUGGGCACCCCUCAUCUCUCCUACUCGCCAAUCCUGCACUCCUUCGUCUCCAGCGACGAAAACGACUUUGCGCGUCUCCUCGCCGUCCGCCGCUUCUUCACCUCCACCGCCGUCGCCCGCCUCCCCAGCAUGAUCUCCGCCAUCAGCACCUGCAGCUUCUGGCACCCCAGCAUCCUGGUCGGCUGCACCGGCGGCACCGUGCAAGCCACGAAUCCCCUCCGCCGCAUGAUGCACGCCAAGGAGAAACAAUGGCAACAGACCUGGUUCCAGCACGAAUGGGCGCGCAGCCCGGAUGACCAAGGCCCGGGCACCAGUCGGUUCCACGACGGAUACCGCGCCGAGCACACCAGUCUGGUGCGCAAUUUGGCCAGCGAUCCUAAAUUGGUCAAUGGAACAGCGGUGAUCACUGUCUACGACGAGGAGACCCACGUCACUGUGCUCUCGUGGAAUCCGAACCAGUUGUGCGCUGGAUGGGCUGCCGCGGGGAUGGGCUGUGGGUUGGUCCGGGUUGAGGAUUUGGCGUUGUCGUGAUGUUACACAGUGUACUGUAUAUACCUUUUUUCUCUUUUAUCCAAUGAUAGUGUGAGUCAUAGGCCACUGGUUG